UGUGUCCAUCGUAAUGAACAGUGCCGCAAUAACCGGGUGUGUUGCGUGUGUUAAACACACGGGCCCAGGGCCCCAACCUAUAAUGGGGGGCCCAAUGAUAAAAAUUGAAAAAUAUGUAGAAAGAAAGAAAAUAAAACGAUUUUGUUAUAAUAAUAAUAUAAUAAUAAUUAAUAAUGAUUGGACAAUAGAUCGAUUUUGUCUUGUACACAACGUUAUCGUAUAUUAACGUUUCUUUUGCGACCCGUAUAACAUAAAUUAAAAAUAGUUUGGUUGCAAUUGAUUAAAGCGCGUCAUGCGAAGGAACGCGUAUUUUGACCGGCCUAUAUAGCCAUAUAGUAUGAGUGUGUGACGCAUCUCAAUUAGGUAUUGUUAUUUAUUUUUGUUAUGUGCCACGCGCGAAAACCGCGAUCGGGCUCGCUUUUAUAUUGCACGACGACGACGCUCGUUGAAAAUGCGGGAUCUUCGACAGUCUAUGUUUUAUAUUCGGUCAAUUGACAAUAAGCUAUCCAUUUAUUUAAUUUUAUUUACGUCUACAAUAAAUCAUGCCGCCAAAAGCUUUAAGUGGAGCUGCUAAAAGAAAAAAAAAACACCAAUUACAGUGUAAUAUUUUAAAAACCAAUCAGAAGAUAAAUAAUUUUUUUGAAAGCAGUCAACAUAACAAUGGUAUUUAUUAACAACUUGACUGCAAUAUUCAUAAUUCAUACCUAUAUCAUGGUCCGUGAGACUCUUUUUUUGACCUACUUAAUUUAAAUAAAAGGGUUAAAAUUGAAAUUAGAUGGAAAAAAAACUCAAAAACUUCAAAUUUGUAGAAUGUGAUGUGGAACUUGAAAGUGUUGGACAAAUAUCUAAAAAUGAUUUGAAGAAUAUUUUAGACUCAAAAGAAGAUGGACAAGACACAACUAAUACGUACACUGAAAAUAAUAACUCUUCUGAUGUUAGCACUUCUACAGUUGUGGAAUAUGAUGUGGGACUUGAAAGUGUUGGACAAAUAUCAGAAAAUGAAUUUAAAAGUAUUUUAAACUCAAAAGAAGAUGGACAAGACACAAAUAAUACAUACACUGAAAAUAAUAACUCUUCUGAUAUUAGCACUUCUACAGAUUUGAAUAGUAUGCUGAAUCUCCAAUAUGAUUUCCCAACAGACAUAGCCAAAUUUCCAUGGACUAUUACUGAUGCAAAUUUAAUAAGAAGUUUGAUUUUAUAUGGACCCUGUAAGCCAGAUAUUAACUUUCCAGUAAAUAAUAAUGGUAAACGUUUUUCAUCUAGUUAUUAUUUUCUAACAACUAAAUCUGGUACAAAAAUUCCAAGAACCUGGCUAUGUUAUUCUUAUAACUUAGACUGUGUGUAUUGUGAAUCAUGUUGGCUGUUUGCUGAUAGAUCUUAUGGCAAAUUUAAGUGGGAUUGGAUUUAUGGUAUUAAUGAUUGGAAUCACUUGUCACAAAGUAUUCAAAGACAUGAAUCAUCUAUUCAACAUUUGGAUGCUGCAAAAAUUCGUUCCAUUUGGGUUAAAAAUGAAACCAUUGACGCUAGUUUAGAAAAACAAUAUACUGAUGAAGCAGUGAAAUGGAGGAAUGUAUUGAAAAGGUUGAUAAAAAUUAUACUUUCUAUAACAGCAGGAAAUUGUGCUUUAAGAGGGAAUGAAGGAAGCCUAAAAAUUAAAUGUGCCACCGAAGGAAACUUUUUAAGAACAGUUCGAUUACUCGCAGAGUUUGAUCCUAUUCUAAAUGAUAUUUUAAAUGAUGAAAAUCAAAAAAUUAAGUAUUUAAGUUGGUCUAUUCAGAACGAGUUGUUAGACAUUUUGUCUACAGAGUUACGUCAUUUAAUUUGUAAUAAAAUAAGAUCUAGUAGUUUCUUUUCUGUUAUAUUAGACUCAACUCAAGACAUAACCAAACAAGACCAAGUUAGUCUUGUAAUUCGUUAUACUACAUUAGAUUUUGAAAAGAAACAAAUACAAAUCAAAAAGUCGUUUCUCGGUUUUUAUUUACUAUCCCAUCAUGGUGCAGCAAAUUAUGUAGAACUUUUAAAAAAUACAUUAAUGAGAUUGGAUUUAAAUAUUAUGAAAUAUCGCGGUCAAGGAUAUGACGGAGCAGCAGUGAUGAGUGGUUCAAUAACAGGCGUUCAAAAACAAAUUUGUGAUAUUGUACCUAACGCUAUAUUUGUUCAUUGCUGUUCUCACAAUAUAAAUUUGGUUUUAUGUGAUGCUGCUAAAAGUACUAGAAAAAUACAAUCAUUUUUUGAUACUGUGCAAGACAUCUACAAUUUGUUUAGCUCAAGUUCGCCAAGAUGGGCUCAGCUAGCCUUUGGUGAAGAGUACGGGAAUAAAAUAAAUAAAAUAACUUUAAAAAAAGUGUGUCCUACUCGAUGGGAAGCAAGACACAAUGCUUUAUUUUCAUUAAAACACAGAUUUGUUGAUGUUUUGAAAUCUCUUUCUAAUAUCCAGCUUUCAAGUUCCAAAAAAGAUGAAAUAAAUAUGGCUACAACUUUAAAAAAAAAAAAUGGAAAAUGCUGAAUUUAUAAUUAUUCU